AUGAGAGCCCCAAAGCGGCAGCAGCGACUGGCUCUUGGUAGUGAUCGCAGAAUGUCACGAGGCCAUACCGUCGUACGCGCGGAUUGCGUCAACAACCCGUCGCGUAAACAACCUCAUCAGACUGCAACAUACAUUCAACCGGAAGGAAAGCUUUUCGCCACGAACGAAGGGGGCUUUAUGAUCACAGACCGAAGUAAUCCACAUUAUCAAACGCAUGGCCUGUUUCCUAUCGGUGGACUAUCGUGGCUUGUGGAUCCGCAAGACGUGAACAAGUUAGUCCCCAUAGGUGCAGUGGGGGAGAUUGUCUUUGAAAGUCAUGAACUAGCGACUGGGUAUUUGAAUGAUCCGGACAAGACCGCCAAAACUUUCAUCAAACCUCCUGUUUGGGCGCUAGAACGAUCUGCUGCCACAGGUUGCAGAUACUUACGAAUGGGAGACUUGGGAAGAUAUGAGAUAGACGGCAGUCUGUCAAUAUAUGGGCGCGCCGAUGCUCAAGUCAAGAUUCGUGGACUGCGUGUUGAGCUAGAAGACAUUGAGUCAAACCUCCGUGGUAUGUUGCCGCCAAAAUCAGAAGCUAUCGUGGACCUAGUCAGGCCAUUUGAUGCCCCAGAUCGACCUGUUUUGACGACCUUCUGUCGUCUGGAGUUGGAACAUGUGCGCAAGCAAGACGACUACCCAAACCUUGAUAGUGAAACAGUUAUCUCUCUCGCUCGGAAACACCUUAAAGGAACUCUUCCCCAGCACAUGAUUCCUAGAGCUUUCCUCGUUAUGAAGAAUCUACCGCAAAACUACAAGACUAACCGCAGGAAGCUCCGGAGUAAUGCGAGUAAAUUAGGCUAUAAGGCCUUGCUUGCGUCGUCGUUACCCGUGAGUGACAACCCGCUAGUGCCUCCCGCAAAUGACAAUGAGCCUAUGCUCGCUGAGUUGUGGGCAGGUAUUCUCGAUCAAGACGUCACAGGUAUUGGAAGACAGAGCGAUUUCCUCGCUUUGGGUGGUGAUUCACUCGCGGCAAUAAGGCUUGUCGCGGCAUCACGCUCGAAGAAUCUUGGGUUAACAAUGCAGGAUAUCUUGAGAUGUCCCAUAUUGCAAAAUAUGGCCGAGCUUGCAAUAGUCGGGAGUACUGAUGUGGGAGAUACAGCGACUACCGAUGAUGCUAAAAAAUACCUAUACUGGCACCACAAUACAAUUAUUUUGAGAGCAACUGACUUCCAGGAGUGGGCGGCGUCUGUGGGCGCAAUCAAUGGAGGAUGGAUCGACCACCUUGUGUACGACUUUCGGGGCCAACUUGACUUGCAACAACUCGAAAGAAGCUGCAAAGGUCUUGUUGAGGCACACUCGAUCCUCAGAACUGUGUUCGAACUUAUCGACGAUAGAAUCUACAUGCGGGUGCAUCAUGCACAAAACGUUCCAUUUAGAAUUCACCAUUCAACCAUCGACGAAACGGAAACGCAAAGCAACAAAAUAUACGCGAUAGAUAGGAUCUCUCCUCUAGGAAGCCCUAUCUUGCAAUUUGACCUGAUCAAAGCAUCCCCUACCAGGCAUAGACUCAUUAUGCGGCUCUCCCAUGCGCAGUAUGAUGGGUUCUGCGCCGACACAUUUGGGCAACAUCUUCGGUACCUCUACUUCUCCCAGCCAGUCCCGUGCACCUUGCCCUUCCAUGAGUACGCCAGGAGAAUACUAGACCCACGCCUUAAACACGAUGCAGAGCUCUAUUGGCGAAACCAUAUCAAGGGUAGCCGAAUGCCACAACUAGUGAGACGAGGUAGGUGCGGACCACCUUUCGACAAGAACUUAGACGGCGAGCUCAGACGGUCCAUUGUGGAACCAAACCUACGGCGCUACGGCCUCAGCACAGCCGUCAUUGUUAAGGUAGCCUGGGCCCUCACAAUCUCCUCAGUAUCUCAGUCAGCCGAUGUCGUGUUCGGUGACUUCAUCGCUGGGCGCCAGGCUCACAUUCCGGAUAUCGAGACGGUUGUCGGGCCUUGUGUGAACUAUAUGUCAGUCCGAGUCCGACUUUCGCCGAACCUUAGCUGUAUUGAGCUCCUCAGGGAGGUCCAAGCCGAUCUAGUUUCCGCAAUCCCGUACGAGUCCCUCGGGUUCAAGCACAUCAUCCAGAAGUGCACAGGCUGGGGCCAGGAAGAAAGAUUCUCGAGUAUUGUCAACUUCGUCAACGUUGGAUCGGCCAGUUUCGGGAGCGAAGCCUGGGUCGAGGAUGGAGAAGACAAACUUGAGGUUGAUUCCAUCUACGAGGAACAACAGCAUGACAAGACAGACCUGUGGUUAGUGUGUUUACCAGGACAUCUGGCGUCGAAAUUGGAAACAGAGAACAACGGCAGAAAGAAGACCUUAGAGCUAAAGUUCAGAUACAACACGAGUUUAUGA